AAGAGCAAUAUUUAUUUGGCACAUCUUUCAAAAUAUUUGGGCAAUAGAUUGAUAUAGGUUUUAUAACGGUGUACAAACUUCCUUCUCUAAAGUGUGAAUGUUAUUGUUAAAUUUCAUGUGGAAAUGAGAUCAUAUUAAGCAGAUAGAUGUUAUUUCUUGAGUGUCAGAUUUAAACGGAUACAGCGAAAGACUUGAAUAGAGGACGGGAGGACACUUUUCUACCUGAGGACAAAGCUACAUGUAAAAUACUUUUCGGAUUAUGUAUAUUGCCGUUCGAUCUUUAUCUAGCGGCAAGAUAGAGCGGGCAAUUUGUCAUACAUUAUAAAUCAUUGUGAUCGAUUGCUCAAAUGUGGAUACAAAACUAACAUGAAAAGAUUAUUAAACCAGCUGGAUUGAAAAUCAACAUCUGCGUCUAAUACAAGUAACAACGAACAGUGCGAGUACUGUUAGAGUGGAAUAUAAAUCAUUUUCUUCGUGUAUCUGUGAGGCGAUACUGCACGAAUUUGUAUUUCUGCCCAUGUCUUUCAUGCACGGGACUAGACGUGCUUGAUUUAUUUCUGAUGCACGUGUAAUGAAGACGUGCACGGCUUUCUUAAUGGCUGGAAUAGGAUUUACCGUGGGGCUUCUGUGCGGCCUGCUUGUUCAUCUCCCGGCGGAAACAUUGCCGGCGAACAAUUUUGAAGGCCAUCACCUUUCUCGUGUGAGGAGGGUAGCCCAAUUUGACUCUGGUUACGUGGGGAGUGAACAAGGAACUGCGAGUGAUUAUGUAAAUUCCAAUGUGGAGGUUAAUUCUUUAGGAACAGCGAACAAACAAGGUUUUCGAGAGGAUUUAGUGAACGGUGAUUACAUAGAUUUUAAUAGAGAAAAUCUGGAUCAAAACGGAUAUAAAGUGAUUAAAAAUGAAAAAUCUUCGCAUUUCAACGCAUUAAAUAAACCCCCGAAUAGAAAUUACGAAUCCGUGGUUUAUGUAAAUCCAGAUCAGCAGAAGCUUGUGCUAGAUAAUAAUGUAAAUAAUGCAACUGAUACUAAUCUGUUUAAAGAACCAUAUGCUGCAGAUCCGAAGUUACCUAACACUGUCAGAAUAGAUAGUAAUGAAGCAGUUGAUCGACCGAAAAACCACGCGGCCACAGGUGAAAAAGUAGCCAAGGGUCAAAAUGACCGGUCCAGUGACAAAAUUAAAAUUGACAAUUAUCGGAAAGAAUCAGUAUCAAGUGGAAAUGACGUAAUAAAUGGCGUCUAUUGGAGUGAUAGCGUUGAACAAUCAUGUCCAAAAGGGUUUUCAAAAGACGACCACGAAAUUUGGAAAAUUAAAGCCACAAGCGAAACAUUUGUAAAAAUGAAUGAAGGAUGUGGACGAAUGCAGAACAGAAUAUUAACAUUCCAGAAUUCCGAAAAAGCUUGUGCUAGGUAUAGACUAAACGUUGAUCAAAUCCAGGGGGAAAUUUAUUCCUAUUAUCUUAGCAAAUUGCUAGGUAUAAACAAUGUAGCUCCAUCCGUGCUCCAAUUAGCGGACACUAAUCAAGACCAGUGGAGAAGGGUUGGUCAGGAAGUCGCCACUGCAAUGUGGUCAGAGGAGAGACCAGUAAUUCUCUCAAAAUGGAUAGACGGUCUCUCACCUGCAUACAUUCCUACGGAGUUUAGAAAUCUGUCCAAUGUUCUCCGCCCAAAAGACGUAUCGGAGCAAUUUAAAUUAAAUGGUGAUAAAUUGUUUAGUGAAAAAGACGGUAGCUCGUUAUGUGAGCUGAUGCAAUGGUCGGACUUGAUAGUAUUCGACUAUCUGACCGCAAAUUUAGACAGAGUCGUAAAUAAUUUGUUUAACUUACAGUGGAAUUCACGAAUGAUGAGCAAGCCAGCUCAUAACCUCGAGAAGGGAACCAGUGGCAAUUUAGUGUUCUUAGACAAUGAGUCGGGACUAUUUCAUGGUUACCGGCUUUUAGAUAAAUAUAGCACGUAUCAUAAAUCGUUGCUAAACUCAUUGUGCAUUUUUAAGAAACAGACUAUAGAUUCUUUAAGACAUUUUGUCGAAACUGACAGCAUUAGUGAAUCCUUACAAUCAAUUUUUGAGGCUAACGAGCCUUUACAUAGAUAUAUUCCAAGAGUACCGGCAAAAAAUAUCAAAAUCUUGAAAUCUCGCAUGGACGAUAUUUUACGACAGGUUCAAAAAUGUGAAUCUCAGGAUAGAUAGAAUAGAUACAGAGUAGAAUAGUGUAGACUAUGUAAAUUAUACUAAAAGUCUUUCUGGUCAAAUAUUGUAUUGGAGUUGGUAGAAGUUGAGCAAGGGCCUAAUACCAUUUAGGUGGAAUGGAUAAGUUUGCAAACCUCCCUUUUAAAAGUGUGAGACUUUUGCCAUAAAUUUGAAGGCAUCAUACUAAAGUAUAGUCAGAGGUAAUUUUGAUUUGAAAUGCAAUCAAGUUUAACUCUCGUCACUGAAAAAAAGAAAGUUCAAUAUACACCGAGAAAACAUGUCCUAUGCCCUUUUGCCUUAGAAUUAAGGAUGCCAUAGCUGUUAUUCGUCUAGGGGAAAUGAAUAUUUCGAAAAAUGGGUUUUUAAUGAAAUGUUUCAUUUAUAAGAAAUUGUUCCAUUAAAAAGAUUUAAAAACUUACUGAGCCCAAGGCCAACUAGGUCAAAUGUUUAAGUUGAUAACUUGACAUAGACAGGACUCUACAGAAUAAAAUAAAGAUAGAAAUAAAAUUAUUUUGGCCGGAAUUCGAUAGUAUAAGCCACCGAUUUCGGCCUAAGUUAAGAUCCUCGUACAUGUUAGGUGGAAUGGGCACGAUUGCAAACCUCCCUCUAAAAAAUCUAGCGUAUCUCAGUGUGACUAUAUUGCCUUACAGUUGAAGGCAACUAACUACGUUAUUGUCAACGACAAUUUUGCAAUGAAAUACUUUCAGGUAAAACGCUCACCAUUGUACCCGUGAGAAAAUGGGACACGCCUUAAAUCAUUUAUUUUUAUACUUUUCAAGAUUUGCAACAUGAUAUUCAUGUGCAGUCGUUUCCUUUGAAAGGAAACAGUUAACUCUUUAAAUAGAACAAAGAUGUACAGAAAAUGAGGAAUGUUUUAUCAAAAAAGUAUCAAUUUUUUCAUUUGUAAAAAAAGUAUAACAUUUUUGUCUUGUUCCUGGAGAUUAAUCUCAGAUAUAAAGUUCAAGCAAAUAGUGUAAGAACGAGUUAUAAAAUUUCGAUGGGUUGUUGCAUAUGAAAAAAAAACCAUUGUGUAUGUGCUAGCAGAAUAUAUAGAAUUGGUGGGAACAGAAAAGCUGAGCGAUAUUAAAAGUUCCGAAUUUGUUUUGAAUAUGUCGCUUAAAAAUAUUAACUUAUGAAACUAAAAGUAUGUGUCUUGCCAUUUAGUUUUCAUGACUGUAGUACAUAAAUGUGAUAUAUAUUUUUUAUAAAUUAACCCUUAUAUUUGUUAAUUGUAGAACUCUUGAUUCAGUAUUAGUUCUAAUAUUUAAUUGUUGCAGAUUUUGUUACAGUGGCUAACCCAAAUCUCAGAUAUUAAAGGAAAACCUUAAAGGAUCUAAACCGUAUGUCACAUACCUUUUUAAACAUAGGUUGAUUUUUUUUCUGUAUAUCUUAAGAGAAUACAUGCGAUAUGGUUACCAUUUCUGCUUAAAUUGACGUUUGCUAUUAACACGCCCACUGUUUUUAUGCAGAGGGUUCGACCAACACGUGAAUACUAAGGCUUAAGUUUUUUUUAAACUUUUUAAGAUAUUUCUGAGGAGAACACUUCCAAAUACGUCAUAUGUCAUCUUUUUCAGACUGUUUAAUAUAAUGUGGCUCCUAAGGUACCUUCAUGUGUGUUUAGCCGAUUGAAAUUUUGAAAAGCUUGAAAAGUUAAGAUUGACAAAUUUUAUGAAGUGGCACUGUAAAUGUAUUCAAAUGAAACUUGUAUAAUUGUGCUUUAUAUUAAUUUCACCAUUCCAAAUUAUAACUAUUCACGUCUCUUCUAUUGCUUACAGUUUAUGCUUAAAAGUCGUUUAAUAUAUGCAGGCGAUCUGAAGAUAAAUUACAUACCAUUAAAGAUCGCUAUCCUACCAGUAUUCCAGAAGAAAAUCUAUUAUAUGACGUCUUUUAACAGUAUUUUUUUUUUACUAAAAUCAUUUAUACUUACACGAUUGUAUAUUGUAAUAUUCCCUUGUUUUCACGGACCAUUUACUGCGGUAAAUAUUAUGUUGGGGACAGCUUAAUGAUCCUUUUUUGUGGAAAAUGGGCGGAGAUGAAUUUAAUUGUUGUCUUAAAUCUAAAGCAGUGACAUUUUUAAAAUCUGUAUUUAUAAAUAAGAUUUUUUUUUUAUUUUAAGAAGAAGAGUACAUGCAGCUUAAAAAGAGCAAAUAUAUGAUUUUUAAUUUUGAGUUACUAGUAUCAUAUCUUGUACAGAUAUUACGAAAAUUGAAAAGAAUCAGUUUUUUUUUCUAGAUUUAUUUUGUAUUGGGAUAAAAAAAAAUGAAUUCAUGAUAUACAAAUUGUUGAUUUUCAGUUGAUUUUCUAUAUUGUUACAACAUCGGAUGAAUUUUCAGCACACAUGUCUGUAAGGUAUUUAUAUGUCCUUAGUGUAAUUCAAAUAUACGAUCUACGCAUCGUUGCAGUUCACUAUAAUUAUGUACAUAGAUCGAUGUUACCUGUGAUAAAAGGUCCAUUCGGUAUAAAUCUAUGAGUCGUCACGUCAAAAAGGACCAUCUUAUUUUUAAAGAAAUUCUAGUGUUUCCACAUUAAUGAUAUAACAUUUUUCUGUUCAUAAAAGUUACAUCCAUCUGUUCCUAGGAUUAAUUGUGAAGGGAGUUAAAAGUACACAUAAACCUUAACCAAUAUAAAUCAGUACAUUUACGAAUUUUCACAUCACUUAUCAGCAAAAUUCAUUCUACAGGAUGGACCUUUUAACGUGACGGCGCUCAUUUAUUACACGAUCAUUCCAUGGCAACGUAUUUUUAUCUUCGUCAAACGAAAUAUGUUAUAUGAGAAAAGUCGAGUGUAUAUAUGUGUCUUUGUUAAACUUCUGAAUGUUAUUGUACAGUAUCACAGUGCUACAUGGUACGUGUAAAUGUUGUUAAAUCAUUCAAUUUAUAUUUAUAUAAACGAGGAUAAAAUCCUCAAAAUCUA